GCCUCACCUUCUACGUGGAACAAGACAAGCCUUUCGACAAAGCCAAGUAUUCUACGCCCCACUGCGGCCUUUAGUAAUUAGUAUCACCCUGACCCGACUUUUCGAACUAUCAAAUCAUGGAAAAUGCAAAUUCAAGUUCAUAUCUCGAUUAAUUUACUCACAAUGUUCCUUCUCAAGACAUGGAGAUCAACGGCUUUUGGUCUGUAUGGUUACUUGAAUUUCACUAAAUCUGGUUUUAUGGAGCACUCGAAAAACUUCAAACCUGAAGACAUGCAAACAAAAAUAGAGAGAAAGAACUGCAUAGUUACAGGAGCUAAUUCCGGCAUUGGCUAUGCUACUGCUGAGGGUCUUGCUUCACGUGGGGCUAGUGUUUAUAUGGUAUGCCGUAAUAAGGAGAGGGGAGAAGCUGCUCUUACUAAAAUUCAGUCUGUGACUGGCAACCAGAAUGUUUACCUGGAGGUAUGUGAUCUUUCAUCUGUCAGCGAGAUCAAGUCAUUUGCUUCCAGAUUUUCCUCAAAGGAUGUGCCAGUUCAUGUCUUGGUUAACAACGCUGGCGUGCUUGAGCAUAACCGUAUUACUACGUCCGAAGGAUUCGAGUUGAAUUUUGCUGUAAAUGUAUUAGGGACAUUUAUCAUGACAGAAUUGAUGAUGCCAUUGCUGGAGAAAGCUGCACCUGAUGCUCGAGUUAUCACAGUUUCCUCAGGUGGAAUGUACACAGCCCCCUUGACGAAAGAUCUACAGUUUAGUGAUAAUAGCAACUUUGAUGGGGUGGAACAGUAUGCUCGCAACAAGCGUGUUCAGUUGGCAUUGACAGAAAAAUGGGCUGAAAUGUACAAUAACAAAGGCAUUGGCUUCUACUCAAUGCACCCGGGUUGGGCUGAGACACCUGGGGUUGCUAAAAGUUUGCCUAGUUUUUCGAAAAGCUUAUCAGGAAAGCUUAGAACAUGUGAGGAAGGUGCAGAUACGAUUAUCUGGUUGGCUUUACAGCCAAAAGAAAAAUUGGUAACGGGUGCAUUUUAUUUUGAUAGAGCUGAAGCGCCUAAACACCUUAUGGUCGCAGCUACAAAGGGUUCUCACGCUGCUAUAGACUCCAUCAUUGACAGCCUUCGUCCCUUAUCUGCUAUUUCUUCAUAAAAUUUCUCUUAUAGAGAAGUUUGGAGAAAUUUUCUUUUAAUUAAUGGAGAAGAUAACAUCAUUUUGGAUGUAUUCUGUUUCUGAUUUUGAACUGAAUUUAAAUUUUGAGAAAGCUGCUGGUAUGCUGUUAGAGGGGAAUUUGAGGUUUCUUGGAUCCAAUUAAUAGUAAAUAAUAGAUAUAGCUUCAUGUUGAAUGUAUUUUGUUGCUGAUUGUAAACAUGAUUCUAAUUUUGAAACACUGCUGGCCUUUGCUUCUGAUUUAGUAACUGAAAUGAAAUCUGAGACUGCAAAAUGAAAAAUUAUUGAAUAAGCUGCACCAGCUGGGAAUGCAACCCAGGUAUGCACUACAAUGCUGGCAGAAGAGGCGCGGUAAGAUAUCAUUUGUUAUGUUUUAACGAAGUGAUUUUAGCCUACAAUAGAAUAUUGAUUAGAGUCAUUUAUGUGAUUGAUUUUAGGAAUCCUCUAUCAAUAUAUUUUUCAUAUUUAUCACUUGUAUUCUUUCACCUAUAAAUAGAUGUGCUCAUUGUAAACAAUCUCAAGAGAGAAUAUAAUAAGAGUGAUGUAUCCCUUUCG